ACCCGAAUCAUUCGCGAUUAAUUGCAAGAUUGCUUGAAACCAAUCCUCUAAAUAACCUCUCAAAGUGCGCGGCUGCUGCCAAGAUCUUUCAAGAUGGCUGGCGCAGAACAUUACCGCCUGGCGGCGGAUCCGGCCAUCCAGAAGCUGGGAACUAUGACCUCGAACCGUCACAAGUACUUCCGAUGGACCCCGAGAACCGCUCGUCUCACGUUUGUCUACGCAGUCGUUGUACCCGCUAUCCUCGGAACUAUUGCCUACAAUACAGACGGAAAAUUCGAUAUCCGAGCGAAGAGGAAGGGAGACCUGAUUUCCGAAUACUAAGAAUAGUCUCGAAAUCGGGAACGCAUGAAUGACUGUACAUAGGGCUAGGUGCAUCACAACAAUGAAACAAGAGCUUUGGUCAAAAUUACUCUUCCGCGUCUACUGCCCCAAAAAUUAGAUGCCGUGGAAGAAAUAUUGCUACAUAUCAAGAGAUGACAAUUCAAGUUAGUUACUCUUACGACGUUAGACUAGUACCUGCUUUGUGGUGUGUGUGCUCAUUACCCAUGAUUGGUGAAAUGUAUAUCUUAAUAUCAGCCGUGAUAUUCCCAAGCGGAUAUCUAUAUGCACUGGUGUUAAGACGAUUAUAAUAGAGAGGCAUCUAUGGAAGAAAACCGUAUGGAUUGGAUGCUUUACUUCCUCGUCUAGCUGUAUUGUAUUAAGG